AUGGCCACCUUGCUCCGCCUGCUCGCCUUCGCGCUCCUCCUCCUCGUCGCCGCGGCGGCCGCCGCCGCGCAGGAAGGCGCCGAGUGCGCCUCCUCCGCCAACUGCGGCCCGAGGAUGCACUGCGCCGCCUGCGGCGACGGCGGGGCCGGCAUCUGCGCGCGCGCCAGCCCCGUCGACCCCCUCACGCACGGCACGGGCCUCCCGUUCAACAACUACUCCUGGCUCACCACGCACAACUCCUUCGCCAUCACCGGCGCCGUCUCCCUCGCCGGCACCAACGCCAUCUCCCCCAACCAGGAGGACACCGUCACAGCGCAGCUCAAGAAUGGUGUUAGGGGCCUGAUGCUUGACACUUACGAUUUCAACAAUGAUGUCUGGCUAUGCCACUCAUUUGGCGGGAACUGCUACAAUUUUACAGCAUAUCAACCUGCCAUCAAUGUCUUCAAAGAAAUCCAGACGUUCCUUGCAGCGAACCCUUCGGAAGUAAUUACAGUUUUUCUGGAAGACUACACUGUUGCAGGUUCCCUGCCAAAAGUAUUCAAUGCUUCGGGCCUCAUGAAGUAUUGGUUCCCGGUGGCAAAGAUGCCAAAGAGCGGUGGCAACUGGCCUUUGCUCAAGGAGAUGAUUAGCAAGAAUGAGCGUCUGAUAGUCUUCACAUCAAAGAAAGCCAAAGAAGCAAGCGAUCAGAUUGCGUUCGAGUGGAGCUAUGUUGUAGAAAGCCAAUAUGGCACUGAGGGUAUGGUAGAGGGUACAUGCCCAAAUCGCGCAGAGUCUCCUGCCAUGAAUUCCAAGAGCCAGUCGCUUGUUCUGAUGAACUUCUUCACAACAGACCCGAGUCAAACUGGGGUUUGUGGGAACAAUUCAGCACCACUUGUUAGCAUGUUAAAAAGCUGCCACGAUCUUUCAGGCAACCGGUGGCCCAACUACAUCGCUGUUGAUUUCUACAUGAGGAGCGACGGUGGAGGAGCUCCCUUGGCUACUGACGUGGCUAAUGGCCAUCUAGUAUGUGGUUGUGACAACAUUGCUUACUGCAAGGAAAAUUCAACAUUCGGAACCUGUGUGGUACCUCCAUCCCCACCGCCGUCGCCACGCAAGGCUCCAGCCAAGGGUGGAAGCACAGGUGGUGAUUCCAGUGCGGCGACUGCUUGGUUUCCGCACUUCCAGUGGAGCUGCUUCUUCGGACUGACAUUCCUGGCUCUGCUCUUUCUCUCGUAAGGGCUUCAGUUAGCGGGGUGUGCCAUUGUGCUGCUUCCCCGUCCUGAGGAUUUUUAUUCUUCACUUUUGUCCUUGUACGAGUUUCAUUAGUUUGUACUGUCUUUGAUCACGAUAUUCCCUGCGCUGUAAAUCAUCCCUUAGCUUACCAAGAUGCGACUGAUCGAUGAGUUGUAAAUCAAAUAUUUCAUUUUUGGUUAACAGAGGCAUGUGUUGCCUCGGAGUUCUGGUAUA